CCCACACCACACGUCCGCGAGCGCGACGCCGCGACGCUGCCCCAACCAUGGCCACGCUGCUCCCCUCGUUUCCGCACGCCCUCUCCAAGCCCCACCACCUCCACCACCACUCUCACGUCGCCGCCGCCUCCACCAGGCCCGAGGCCCCCAGCCCCGCCUCCGCGGCCCCCGCCAGCUCCCGCCUCCGCCGCCUCAUCGCCCGCGACGACCUCGCCGAGGCCGCGCGCCUCGUCGAGACCUCCUCCUCCCGCGGCGAGGCCCCCGACGUCUACCUCUGCACCAAACUCAUCCGCAACCUCUGCCGCCGCGGCCGCACCUCCGACGCCGCGCGCGUCCUCCGCACCGCCGAGGCCUCCGGCGCCCCGGUCGACGUCUUCGCCUACAACACCCUCGUCGCGGGAUACUGCCGCUACGGCCGCCUCGACGCCGCGCGCCGCCUCAUCGCCUCCAUGCCCGUCCCGCCCGACGCCUACACCUACACGCCCAUCAUCCGGGGCCUCUGCGACCGCGGAAGGGUCGGCGACGCGCUCGCCCUGCUCGACGAUAUGCUCCAGCGCGGCUGCCAGCCCAGCGUCGUCACCUACACCGUCCUCCUCGAGGCCGUGUGCAAGAGCAGCGGCUUCGGGGAGGCCAUGAACGUCCUCGACGAGAUGCGCGCCAAGGGCUGCACGCCCAACAUUGUCACCUACAACGUCAUCAUCAACGGCAUGUGCAGGGAGGGUCGCGUCGACGAUGCCAAGGAGAUCCUGAAUCGGCUCUCGUCUUAUGGGUUCCAGCCCGACAUCGUCAGUUACACCACUGUGCUCAAGGGCUUGUGUGCCGCUAGGCGAUGGGACGACGUCAAGGUGCUCUUUGCUGAGAUGGUGGACAAGAAGUGCGUGCCCAAUGAGGUUACCUUUGACAUGCUAGUCAGAUUCUUCUGUCGUGGAGGUAUGGUGGAGAGGGCAAUCCAAGUUCUUCAGCAAAUGUCACAGCAUGGAUGCACACCCAACACUACCUUGUGCAACAUUGUCAUAAACGCUAUUUGUAAACAGGGUCGUGUGGAUGAUGCCUAUGACUUCUUGAACAACAUGGGCAUGUAUGGGUGCAAUCCUGAUACCAUUAGCUAUACUACUGUGCUAAGGGGCUUGUGUCGCGCCGGCCGAUGGGAGCAUGCCAAGGAGCUAUUGCCAGAGAUGGUCCGAAAGAACUGUCCCCCAAAUGAGGUUACAUUCAAUACAUUCAUCUGUAUCUUGUGCCAGAAAGGAUUGAUUGAGCAAGCUAUCAAGCUUAUUGAACUGAUGCCAGAGUAUGGAUGUUCAGUGGGUAUCGUCACAUACAACGCUCUUGUCCAUGGCUUCUGUGUGCAAGGGCGUGUUGAUAGUGCUCUUGAGUUGUUUAAUAAUCUGCCAUGUGAGCCCAACACCAUUACAUACACUACGUUGUUGACAGGCCUGUGCCAUGCCGAGCGCUUGGAUGCUGCUGCAGAGCUCUUGGCUGAGAUGAUUCAGAAGGACUGCCCUCUAAAUGCAGUGACUUUCAAUGUACUUGUGAGUUUCUUCUGUCAAAAAGGGUUUGUCGAGGAAGCAAUGGAACUUGUGAAUCAAAUGAUGGAGCAUGGGUGCACCCCUAAUCUGAUCACAUUUAACACUUUACUCGAUGGGAUUACCAAGGAUUGCAACUCAGAAGAAGCCCUGGAGCUAUUGCAUGGUUUGGUCAGUAAGGGAGUAUCCCUAGACACAAUAACCUACUCUUCGGUCGUUGAUGUCCUCUCAAGAGAAGACAGAACCGAAGAAGCCAUUCAGAUGUUGCAUGCUGUGCAAGAUAUGGGGAUGAGACCAAAAGUUGGGAUGUAUAACAAGAUACUGUUCGCCCUCUGUAAAAGAUGUGAAACAGAUCAGGCUAUUGAUUUUUUUGCUUAUAUGGUGUCUAACGGUUGCAUGCCUAACGAGUCAACCUACAUUAUACUCAUUGAAGGCCUUGCCCAUGAGGGUCUGUUGAAGGAAGCACGAUAUGUACUGAGUGAGUUGUACGCAAAAGGGGUCUUGAGCAAGAGUUUACUUGAAGACCAGCAGUAAGGUUGUGGUUUACAUUGUGCAUAUGCCUUAUUACUGAAAAGAGUUAGAGAAACAGGACUGUGCAUAUGCCUUGAGUCAUCAGGCUUUGGUGCUUAUUAAAUUCUGUUGAGUCUCCACGGAGAAUAUGCCUCAUUUACAGCAAGGUGGAAUGUGUGUGAUUUCAAGCUACAAUGAUCCAUAAAGAUGGGAUAGGUCUUUGAAGCGUGAAGACCAAGGAAAUCAAAAGGACGGGCUGGAGGAUAACACAAGCAAAUGAGAUAAAAGAAUGUUCAUACUCAUAUCGGCCGAAUAAAAGAUACAGGCCAAAUAAAGUUUCUUAGAAACACUUCUCAGUUUCAGCAGUUUGAGACUAAAUUGUUGAAUUAUUUGACUAUACUUCUCCGUGUUUAUAAACAUUUUGAUUUAUCUUCCAUGAGCAAUGGUAUGUGAAUAGUUGCUUUC